AUGUAUGAUGGUGUGGGUAAUGAAGAGGACAAGUGUGUGAAGUUUGUGAGUGGUCUUUGCCCUGAGAUCAAACAAGUUUUCAAUUAUCAAGGGAUCACUCAAUAUCAUGAAUUGGUAAACAAGUGCCGAGUUUAUGAUGAGGACAAUCGCGCUAGAGUAACUCAUUAUAAGAGUGGAGGACCCAUGAAGAAUCACAAUAAGUUUGGUUCAUCUAGUAAGGGUAAACCUUACACCAAGUCUGUUGGGGAUUCGAGUUCUAAAGUGAAUAACCAAGGUUCUGUACACCACAGGAACCAAGCUCCAAUGGCUAGUCAAACUUCUAGAGGGGGAAGUGUGGGUUCUGUUCCACACAACAACUACUUCAACUAUGGGGAACCAGGUCAUAGGGCAUAUGAGUGUCAGGCGUCAAAAGUAAUAACAUGUUUUAAUUGUCAAGAGAAAGGACACAAAGCUCGUGAAUGCCCUAAGAACAAGAAAGGAACAACAAAAGUUGGAGGGAGCACUAACAAACCUAGGGCGAUGGGAAAGGUGUUUGCCUUGAGUGGUGCUGAAGCUACUCAAUCCGAAGACUUAAUCCAGG